AUGAUGGGGGGCUUUAUACCUAUGGAAAUGGUGGUGAAAGGUGCUUUUGAGCUCAUCAUGGAUGAGAGUAAAGCUGGUGAUUGCCUAUGGAUUACUAAUCAUCAAGUUAAACUACCCGAGAGUUUUGAGAAAAUAGUUGUUCAUACCUUGACUCACAACUUUCGGAAUGCUACCGGCUUAGUGAGAGCACCACUGAGAUUACCUAUCAAAUCAAACUAUGUUCUUGUUAAGAUCAUUUAUGCUGGUGUAAAUGCUAGAGAUGUAAAUUUUAGCUCAGGCCGCUAUUUUGGUGGCAAUAACAAUGACACUGCAGCCCGUCUUCCAUUCGAUGCAGGAUUUGAGGCCAUGAGAAUAAUUGCAGUAGUUGGGGAAUCUGUCACUGACUUGAAAGUUGGCAUGCAACGUGGUCAAGAUCUGUUUGCUGACUGUGUCAUGUAUACCACCAUGGACUGGUUAUAUCUAAGAGUUGUUCAUACCUUGACUCACAACUUUCGGAAUGCUACCGGCUUAGUGAGAGCACCACUGAGAUUACCUAUCAAAUCAAACUAUGUUCUUGUUAAGAUCAUUUAUGCUGGUGUAAAUGCUAGAGAUGUAAAUUUUAGCUCAUGCCGCUAUUUUGGUGGCAAUAACAAUGACACUGCAGCCGUCUUCCAUUCGAUGCAGGAUUUGAGAUGGAUAAUAGCGGAUAAUAGCUGUGAUCUGUUUAUUUGGGAUGAUAAAAUUGUUCACUCCAUUGGUGAAAUCUCAAAUUCUUAA